CUGCCGCUCGUCCCCCUGCCCGUGUGCUGCCCCAGGGUUUCCCUGUGUCCCCGUUCGGUGCGCUGCUCCUGCUGCUGAAGGCCUUGGCCGUGAACGUCGGGGAGCUUUUAAUCCCUUUACGUGCCCGUCUUUAAAGCCAAAUGGAACUGCUGGUGCAUUGUACCGUCGUAUGGAGUAGUGGCGAAUGCCCUGCAGUGUGCCGAGCUGGCAGUACAUGGUAACUCUGUCACCUUCUGGCCAUCCCAAUAAUGAAAACAGAAGCUAAGGAUGGAGAAGAGGAAAGCCUGCAGACAGCAUUCAAAAAGCUAAGAGUUGACACAGCUGGAUCUACUGCAUCUCUCUCUGUGGGUGAAGGGACAAGUCCAAGAGCACUAGUUAGAACAGUGUCAGAUGAAACCAAACCUAAGAAUGUGUGUACUUCUAAGGAAACCUGGCAUGGGUCUAUGAAGAAGCCUUCAAGAGGAGUUGUAAGAACCCAGCGUCGCAGGCGUUCCAAGUCUCCAAUUCUUCAUCCUCCAAAGUUUAUCCAUUGCAGCACAAAAUCACAUUCCACGUGCAACCAGCUAGUGCACAAGAGUCAGAUUGAUGCCCAGGACGACAGCAGUGGGUUUGGGAUGCCAGUCCCAAAGGAAGCUUGUGCACACGAACGAUGCAGUAUUGCUCCUGACAUUGGCCAGAAGGGAGCUGAUGUUGAGUCUUUGGGAGCUUCUGUUACACAGUUGGCAUCAGAGAACAGACAGGAGAACUGUGCAGCUGCCGUUUCUCUAGUAUCCAAAGCAAGCCUAAAGACUACGGAGCUUUCUGAUUUUCAAUCUAUGUCCAAGCUGAACACAAAUAAGCCAUGUGCAUGUGCAGAUAAAGCCUGUCAGUGUAAACGAUGGCAAGAUAUGGAAGUGUACAAAUUCUCUGGCUUGCAGAACACCCUCCCAUUGGCACCUGAUAGAAGAACAGUUUCUGAGGAUCACUCCCAGUCUUUGCCAUCAAGAACUCCCUCAAGUUCUCCACGCUCUUGCUCUGAGCAAGCCAGGGCCUUUGUGGAUGAUGUGACUAUUGAAGAUCUUUCGGGAUACAUGGAAUAUUACUUGUAUAUUCCAAAGAAAAUGUCUCACAUGGCAGAAAUGAUGUACACCUGACAGCAAUGAGCACUAAAAACAGAAGGGUGGGUGGUUUAAAUCUGCCCUCAGUCACACUCAUGUGAGAUGCAGCCCACUCCCUGCUCACUGUGCUUGCAAUAAAAACACUUCUUUGCAUCUUA